UGGCCGCUCUCAGGCUUCUUUCUGAUUGUAGACUGGUUCUAAUAUUUACCUAACCGCUUAGAAUGGCGUAUGGACUAGCAACAAGGGUCCACUGUGCCAUAAGGACACCAGUAACCAGUAUUAACUUAACCUAACCUAACCUAAUCUUCUGUAUACGGUUUCGUUUUGUGCUUCCUUUCGGUGUUUACGUUAUUGUGUAUGCCUGUAGAUGAGAAUUGAUAUAAAAGUUUAUUAUUCAAGCCUUUCAGAACCAAGAGCGCUCACGAUUUAUACAAAAUAUUAUAGAAAAGAAAAAGAAAAAGCGCAACACGAUAGAUCUUUUGUCAAAUAUAUAUAUAAAUAUAUUGAACUUCAGUGACUAAUUUCGAAGUGACAAUCCGUGGAGUCCUCUGAUAUCUAGCAAAAUGAACAAAAAGAGAAGAUACAGAGAAACUCAGGAUGAUCCUGAAAGUCUUGAGGAUAUGUUUUCUGUAGAUUCUUAUUCUGUUGCAAGCUCUCAACCUAGUGUAUCUCAUCGAAGUACCAGAUGCUCGCAAUCACAGUCUCAAUCACUGAACAGAACACUGUACAACAUGAGCAUGGAAGAUGAAGAAGAAAUACACCUAAGCGGCAACAUAAUAAGAUAUCUACUUGUGGCAGAUCGUAGCAAACAGCCUAUACAGAAAAAUCAUAUUAUUAAACAUGUAUUAAAUGGAAAUGUGAAACAAUUUCGUUCAGUUAUAGAUAGAGUUAAAAGGCACUUGUCUGGGGUAUUUGGAUACAAACUGAUAGAAGUUGAAGGCAAUAAAUACAUCUUGGUAAACGAAUUAGAAAACUCUAUUCCACAUCUUAAGUUCAAAGAUAAAAAUAAACAAGUGUUGUUAUUUCUUGUGCUGUUACAUAUUUUUAUGCAUGGUGAAUCAUGCAAAGAAGAAUUAUUGUGGAGUUUUCUUUGCACUUUGGAUAUUAUUACGCUUGACAAUUUUCAUCAUGAUUAUUUUGGUGAUGUUAAACAGUUGGUGACAGUUGAGUUUGUAAACGAGAAAUAUCUUACGCGGAUAAGUACAGAGAAAAAUAACACAACGCAAGUCGAGUAUAAAUGGGGGUCUCGUGCAGAAAAUGAGAUUUCUUACAAGUCUGUUUUGGAAUUUGUGGCACGCCUAUAUGGUAGUAAUGUGAAACAAUGGGAAUUUCAAUAUAAACUUGCAGUAGAACAAGAACAAUUAAACAAAUUGUAAACUUACUGAAACAACAUUACAAAUAUUUUAUUAUACACACGUUAUUUUGUA